AUGUCCAAAACACGUAUGAGACCCGUUUUUGGAGAUAUACCUUCCUGCUCUUUAAGCCACAGACUGGAGGAACGUAUCGUUAGAAUAAAAGCAAUGAAACUGGAGCUGAGCAGAAAAACGGACAAACCAGAAGAUUUCAUAACAUAUGAUGACAGUGAUAGUGAUGAAGAACCCUUAUCAGUUCAAAAUGAAAUACUGACCACCUCCUACAGUUUUGUUGAUUAUGUUAGAAACAGGGAGUUGGGGUACACUAAUUAUUCAUCUGUGGCAAAUGACUAUGGAAAUCGGCACAUUUUAACACAUGAAAUGUUCAAAGAAACUCCUGUCAAUUUACCCCAUAUGAAUAAAGUGUUUUGUUCACAGUGGUUGAGUGAUAGACAAGUAGUGUUUGGAACCAAGUGUAACAAGUUGAUGGUAUAUGAUGUAAUGACCCACAAAAUAGACCAAAUCCCUUCUUUGUUGAGCAAAAGGGACAUGAUGGGCAGUGACCCUCAGCCCCCUCAACAGUGUGGCAUCCAUUCAGUGCAAAUCAACCCAUCUAGGACUCUUUUGGCCACAGGGGCCAGAAAUACUUGUGAUAUAGCAGUCUACAGGCUGCCCACUCUAGACCCUGUCUGUGUUGGUGAAAAUGCCCACAAAGACUGGGUGUUUGAUAUGUGCUGGUUGGAUGAUGAAUUCUUGGUGAGUGGUUCCAGAGACACAAAAAUGGCUCUGUGGAGGAUAACACCUGACAUGUUAGAGAGCAAAGAUGAGAUUCCCACUCACAAGCAUAUUCAACCCAUAUCUCUCAAAGAUUGUCGUGGGGCACAAAAGGUGCGUGCAAUAACAUUCAAUAAGAGCUAUGAUGAGAUUGCAGCACUCAGUCUGAAUGGCUACAUCCAUAUUUGGAGUGCAGAAACAUUCAAACAAAAGCUAUCUAGAAAAUUGCCUUCAGCACAGGAAAAUGUAUGUUUGGCAGUGCAGGACUCAGGGUUGUAUGCCAUUGGCUGCAGGUCCUAUACCCUUUUACUGGAUUGUAGAACUUUACAGGCGGUGAAAAAAGUCUCGUCCAGAUAUUCCGGUUGCGGAAUACGAUCGGCCAGUUUCCAAGGUGACGUUUUGACAGUAGGCACGGGACUGGGCAUGCUAAUGUUUUACGAUCUCAAAGCCGGCAAGUACCUCGAAUCCAGCAUAAAUUCCUCCAGAACGGUCGUACUUAAAGCUAGCAAAGGAUAUGUGUACCCCGACGAAGAAUACGUCGACAACAUCAACAUCAAAUACGUGCCCGCCAUCUAUACGCACUGCUACGAUGCCAGCGGCACUCGGCUGUUCACGGCAGGCGGUCCUCUACCGGCCACCUUGACCGGCAACUACGCCGGCCUGUGGCAGUGA